AUGGUGUUGAGCAAUAGCUUGCGCACCUUUGUGCUAUCUGCUGCCGUGCUCGUACCCCUCGCUAGGACUGACAUCUGCUCGACUCUUGAGCAGAGUGGCAUUACAAUCGAAUAUCCCCUUGCGCUGACAUACUCGACCGACCUCACAAAGUACUGGUCGGCAGCAUGUGGCGACCUUAAGCCCAGCUGUAUUGCGGCGCCAACAAGCGCAGAGGAGAUGGCUCACAUCGUCUCCGAGCUGCAUAAUGUCGAGACCCUCUUCGCUGUCAAGUCGGGUGGUCAUAUGCCCAACAAUGGAUUUGCUAGUAUUGAGGAUGGGCUGUUGAUUUCGACCAAGAACCUGGGCCAGGUUUAUUAUAAUGCGGAUGACGAGACUGCGGUAAUUGGCCCUGGUCUCUCAUGGGAAGAGGCUCAGAAGGGUUUGGAUGGCACGGGGCGUGCUGUUGUUGGAGGUCGACUGGGCGGAGUCGGGAUUGGUGGAUACAUGUUGGGAGGUGGUAUGAGUUUUCUCAGUACCCAGUACGGGUGGGCGGCUAACAACGUCGUCAACUAUGAAGUGGUCCUUGCCAAUGGAACCAUCGUCAACGCCAACGCUAUGGAGAAUGCAAAUCUCUUUGCGUCUCUCAAGGGAAGCGGAAACAACCUUGGGAUUGUGACCGCCUAUACUAUGCAGACUCACCCCAUUGGCAAGGUCUGGGGUGGUAACUUUGUCUUCGGCGCCGACAAGACACCCCAACUUAUGACUGCUCUGCGCAACUUUGUCGACAAUUACCCCGACGACAAGGCUGCUAUUAUUCUGACUUCGGAGCGCGGUGCUUUGAUUGACUUCUGGAUCAUGUUCGUGUUCUACGAUGGACCGGAACCUCCUGCAGGCGUUUUCGACGAAUUCGAGGCUAUUGAUCACACUUCGACUGCCAAGACGUGGGACACUUAUUAUGAUUUACUGAAGAAUAACGAUUUCUUUAUUCUCCAUGGGCAACGCUACGUUAUUGCCACAGAGACUACGCCUGUCCCCAAUGCCACCGUAGGGGCAGCACCGCUGCAAGACUUGUAUGAUCACUGGUACAACGUGACCGAGUCAGUACUUGAGGUUGCUGGGGUGCUAGGUUCUAUUGCUUUCCAGCCUGUUCCGAAGACGUUCAGCCAAAAGGCCAAGGACCGUGGCGGAGAUCUUCUUGAUAUUCCGACCGAUCAAAACUACAUUUUUAUCGAGCUGGACUUCUCCUACAGCUUCCCCGUGGAUGAUUCGAAGAUCGAUCAGGCUACACAGAACCUGUACACCGGCCUGGAUAAUUUGGUCCAGAAGAACAUCGAUGAGGGUCUCCUGCCUGACGUGUACCGACCGCUGUUCAUGAACGAUGCCUAUUUCCGUCAAGAUUACUGGGGACGUAUCAAGCCAGAAUCCAAGCAGGCGGCUCUGGAUACUCGCAAGAAUGUGGACCCUGAUCUAUUCUUCCAAAGGCGCACUAGCGGUGGCUGGAGGCUGCACUGA